AUGCAGACGCGAAGAAAUGUCAGAGAAGAUCAAGAUUUAUUUUUAAUUAAUUCACAAGAAAAAAAUCAGUCUUUGGAAAUUAAAAAUGUUAUCGAUCAACAAAGAUGCAAAAUCAAGCAUGAUAUGGAAAAUUAUGAGUUUCUUAAUGGAAAAUAUGGCCUAAAUAUCAGCAAUCUUGAUGAUUUGCUGAUGGAAAAAAAUGGCAGACCAAUAAAAAGUGUUAUUCUCGGCAAUUGGCGAGGCGGGAGUACUUUUGUCGGAGAAAUAGUUAAUUCACACCCGGCAAAUUUUUAUCAUUUUGAACCACUGCUGGAUUUUGGUAUCGUCCGAAUACGAGGACCUCCCCAAGACCAACCUGCGAUUGCUAAUAUUAAUGCAUUAUUUAAUUGUGAAUAUAAUAAAUUACUGUCUUAUAUAGAAUAUGGUAAAACAAAUCCUUGGGGUUUUAUGUACAAUCCUCGUUUAUGGAAACAGUGCGUAUCUCAUGAAGAAAUAUGUUUAAAUCCAUUAUUUUUAUCUGAGUUUUGUCGCUUGUUUCCAUUUCAAUCGAUGAAAAUUUUACGACUGACAUUAAACGUUGCUCAAGUUUUAUUGAACGACGAGAGUCUUGGAGUUCGCAUGAUUUUACUAGUGAGAGAUCCGCGAGGACUGAUGCAAUCGCGUAAGAAGCCUAAGUGGUGUCAAAAUAGUUUCGAUUGCUCAAAUACAGCACUUCUGUGUAACGAUAUGGUAUCAGAUUAUAAUAUCGCCGUCGAGCUUAAAGAAAAAUACCCACGAACUUUCAAAGUCUUACGAUAUGAAGAUCUAUCUCUUGAUCCAUUUAAUGAAGCGGAAAAAAUGUUUGAAUUUUACGGUCUCACUUUUCAUCCUGAUGUUAAAAGUUAUUUAGAAACUCAUACUAAAAAUAAUUCCGGCGGUCAAUUCAGCACAUUUCGUGAUUCAAAAACCGCGCCAUUCCAUUGGCGCAAUGAUCUAAAUUUUGUGGAAGUUGAAGAAAUUCAACGUGUAUGUGCGACCGCAAUGAAAUUAUGGGGCUACGUUUUGGCUGUCAAUGAAACUCACCAAAAAGAAUUUAAUCCAAUUCUUAAAAAUUAUGGACCA